GGGGGGAAAUUCUGGUGCUUAAGCAGCAAGAACAUAGUGCACAGGCGAACAUACAUGUACUGCCAAACAGACAAGGUACAAACACAGAACAAACAAAAUAAACGUGUUAAAGAGAGCAGGACGUGACUAUAGGCCUAUAGGUUACUACCAGAACCUGAACGUCAGUGUUAGGAUCGGAACUGCUCUUCCGGCCUCAAACUGAGAUCCACGGGUCCACGUCCGAAAGUCCGUCAGUCAUAGAGAGUGAUUUGAGAAGGAAAGUGCAGUUGGACGAAACGGGGAGACUAAACCACAUAAAGAAAACGUGGAUCCGUUUAGAUAAAUAGCCGCAAACUAAAUGUUUUAUUUUUCUCCAGAUUUCAUUGGACGAACGGAGCAUUUAUCAGGCUGGCCAGCCACUGCUGAUGUCCUGGGAGGAGCGCGGCCAACCCCGCUCACGCCCCUGAUACUUGGUGUUGCAGGACAAAUGGAACAUUUCCGGAGAACUUUAAGUGUUAUAAAUGUCGUUUAUAUGUAGAUGGACCGUUGUUUAAUAUUUACUUUCAGAGAUGAAAACAAUUCUUAUUUUUUUUCUUUGUGGAUAUUUUCGCUUUAUCACAGAAGCUGAAGAAUAUGAACGGUUUCCGUGUUCAGAGCCCCGAGAAGCACUGGUACUUGUCAGCUAUUCGGGUGGUAAACGGGCCGGUAUCCGUCACUGAAGGGGGCAGUGCUAAUUUAUCCUGCAGACUGACUGAGACUGAUGAAGAUCUGCAGCAGGUAACAUGGCAAAAAAGGACACGAGAAAUUCCUCAGAAUCACAACUUCUUGGUCAUCUUACCCCCCCGGGACGUAAAACACGUCAACGGAUUAGUGAAUCGGGUCCGAUUUAUUGGAAACUUAUCCAUGAAAACUGGAUCGAUUCAGAUUUUGAAUGUAUCGCUGCAAGAUGAAGGUGUGUAUACCUGCAUCUUCACGGUGUUCCCAAGCGGGCCGCACCAGACAGAAACUCAGCUGACAGUUCAUGUUCGUCCUGUAGUGACAGUAACACCUGCAGCGCCCCUGGUGGUCGGAGGAGAGAUUGGCGUCUUAGCGACCUGCAUUGCUGCCAAUGGACGCCCAGCAGCAGGGGUGUCAUGGCGCACAGACCAGCUGGAUGGUCCGACUGAGAUCCAGAAUAACAUGACACAGAACCCCAACGGCACCACAACCGUCAGGAGCUCCCUGCUGGUGACCCCCACCAGGUCCAUGAAUGGCCAAGAGGUGCAGUGUGUGGUGACCCAUAUAUCCCUGGAGCAUGACGAGAUUAUGCCAUACAGGAUCUCGGUGCACUAUGCCCCGCAGUCUGUGAAUAUCAUUCUAAACGGAAGAUCAUCUGAAGGUCCAGUCUUCCAGUGUGAUGUAGAUGCCAAUCCUGCACCUACAAGAUACACGUGGAGCAGAGUGGACAGUGAAGUACUCGGUCCUUCACUCAGACCAGAGGGAGGCAGGCUGGUGUUUUUAAAGAGGGACCCAGGAUUGAAUGGCCUGUAUGUAUGUGAGGCAUCAAACCAGUAUGGCCGAGUUACUGGGACCCUCUUUGUAUAUACAGAUGUUACCCGAAGCUACUAUGGAGGCCUGAUUGCAGUUAUUGUGGUCUUGCUUUCUGCACUCAUUCUUCUGAGUUUCUAUACAUGGAGUCUAAGAAGAUCAAGGCCACAGCAGGAUGUCUUGGGCAUGCAGGCACUGUGACAGCAGGAAACCUGAGUGCAAACACUGUUUAUGUCAGCGUGCCCAGGCCUGGAUUUGAACCCAGGAUGUUCCCUGUUAAGGGGUAUAUGAAGGCCUGCUGCUCUGCCUACUUCGGCACCUGAAGGAUGAACUAUGCAGUUAAUUUCCUGGAGCUUUUGAUUAUGGGCGACAAUUCGGACGCUGCUUUGUAACUUUGCCCUGGAAGCCGAAAGACUUUCUUACUCUAAGUGUGAGUGGAAACGCAAACGUCCCGGAUAUCUGUCAUACUUCCACCAUCACUGUUAGUAUCAGAUUAUAUACGUUUACCUUUGUUGACGACUCCUUUUACAAUCUGCACGUAAUGGCAGACAAACCCAGCAAAAAGCAUCCAAGGUGAGACUGGUCCACCGAAACAGAGAAGGAAACGACAACAGUUGAGGUUAGUGCACUUCAGUCGAUCAACAACAAACUCUGGAAUUACUGCACACAGACCCCAAAGACCUGACAUCCGGUCUUGAAUUCUCCUGAUGUCAAAGCGAAAAGCUUCAGAAAGAAAACAACGGACUAAAAUGAACAGUCAAAACUUUAUCUGUGCAAGUCACCAGUCUCAUUACCAGGGUUAGGUUAGGGUUACGUUCAGAAAGAACUGAUAGGAAAUAAAUGACAGCUUAACAAUAUCACAUACAAUAAAACCUAAUUUCUGAUAAAAGAAACUCAAUUAUACCAGUCAUAAGGAACACAGCAGGGAAGGCCAUGCGAUCACCCUAAGAAAUAAAUUAUGUGUUCAAGGAAUUUUACUAUUAAUAAUCUCACCACUGACAAGGAACCAAGUCCAAUACAUAUCAGUUCCUUCUUAAGUAAUAUACAGUUAAUCCGACUUAAUAAGAAACAAGUAGAUGAACUGGAUACACCAUUAGCAUCUAUGGAACUUUAUUCAGCACUCGGUAAAAUGCUAAAGAAUAAAGCUCCAGGACUUGAUGGCUUUCUGGCUGGGUUGUAUAAACAUUUUUGGAACUCAAUCCCACCACUGUUUCUCAGAAUGGUGCUUGUUAUUAAGCACAACCCGAUAAUCCCACAACACACGAACGCCGCCCUCAUUACAGUGUUACCGAUUAGCACUACGGUAGCUUAACUCGACAAAGUAGCUCAACUCAUCAGAACACCGGACCUUUACAUUUGCUUAAGGGGUUUCCUGCCUAUCACUUGCAAAUUGCAGCAAGUUUGGUUGUUCUGCUGCGUUUCAGUGCUUUAUAAGUUUGUUUCUUUAUAGUCCAGUCUAUUUGAUUGUGAUUUAGUUUCUUGUAUUUUUUUUUUCUUUGCGAUACUGAUGCAAAUAAGGUAAGUGUUCUAGUUCUCUUGUAUCACAGUACUGUAUUUGACACUGCUUAUUACAUCACCAAGAAACAUCAGGAGGCUGAAUGGCUGCCAUGGAAACUGAACCAGACAAAGUGUCACGGGAACGGCGGCAGCGAUCGCGAGCAGAGCGGCGAUCGUUCGAGGCGAACGGGCAAGAAGGAUGCAGGCAGGCGGAAGUCGGGGAUUGACGAGGGUUUAAUAUACAAACUGGGAGCAGGAGACAUGUAACGCCAACUAACAUCAAUGACAGACAAAGCAAACAGGGGAGACCAGGACUUAAAUACACCAGACUGAAUGACAGCAAACGGAAACAGCUGGGUACAAUUCGGGAAACACACGUGGGUAAUCAGGGGGUGUGGCACACACGAGGAGCGGACGAGCCGGGCAUGACAGAACCCCCCCCCAAAGGCGCGCUACUCCGGGCGCGCCAAGGAAGGGGGCGACGGACGGGACGAGGCAAAACAGGACCUGAAAAACAAGAACAGAAUCAACGCAGGACAGGGAACAGGACCGAGGCACAAAACAGAGCGAGGGACAAGACAAAAGACAAAACCUGACAGAGGGUCGGGAAGGCAGACAGGCAAACCAGGAAGGGAGACACAGAAGGAACGGGCGGAACAAAGGGGCCAGGAGUGCAAGGCGGGUACACCGGGGCACAAGGAACAGAGACGGGCGGAACGAAAGGGCGAGCAGAAAACAGAGGGGCAGAGACAGGCGGGACAAAGGCAGGGGCGUAGGGAGACAAGGAGGGGGAACUAGGGGAAGCCCGAGGGAGCCCCAGCGGGCGACGGGAGGCAGCUGGAGGGGCCGCAGGCGGCCGGGAGGCCGGAGCCG